CCCGCCUGGGAGUCGGCGCUCGGCGGGCCGGGGCUCAGCGCUCAGCGGCGCCGGGACGGGCGGCUGCCGCCCCGGGGGCUCGCAGGAUGCCGGCGGCUGCGCGGCGGCGCGGGGCGCGGGUGCUAUGGGCGCUGCUGUGGGUGUCCCUAGCGCGCUGCUACAACGUGGACCUGGGUCGCCCCGUGGUUUUCCAGGGUCCCAACGGCUCCUUCUUCGGGUACUCGGUGCUGCAGCACUACCACGACAGCACGCGGUGGGUCUUGGUUGGCGCUCCCAAGGCAGAAUCUAAAUACAGCACCUCUGUUCAGUCCCCAGGAGCAGUGUUUAAAUGUCGAGUCCAUACCAACCCUGACAGAAGAUGCACCGAGCUGGAUAUGGGGCGAGGCAACUCUCGGGGCAUGCUCUGUGGCAAGACCUGCAAAGAAGACAGAGAUGACGAAUGGAUGGGUGUGAGCCUGGCUAGACAGCCGAAGGCUGGUGGAAGCGUGCUGGCGUGUGCUCACCGCUGGAAGAACAUCUACUACGAGACAGAGUACAUCCUGCCCCAUGGCUUCUGCAACAUCAUUCCCCCCAACCUGCAGCCCAAUGGGAGGAGGCUGUUUCCCUGCUAUGAAGAGUACAAGAAGAAGUACGGGGAGGAGCACGGCUCAUGCCAGGCAGGGAUUGCAGGCUUCUUCACAGAGGAGCUGGUCAUCAUGGGUGCACCGGGAUCUUAUUAUUGGACAGGAACUGUCAAAGUACUGAAUCUCACUGACAACACAUAUUACAAGCUAAACGACGAUGCCAUGAUAGGCAGGCGGUACACAUACCUCGGAUAUGCAGUGACAGCAGGUCAUUUCUCCCAGCCGACUAGCACGGACGUUGUAGGAGGAGCUCCCCAGGAUGGAGGCAUCGGAAAGGUUUAUAUUUUCAGAACAGACAGACUAUCAGGCUCUCUGGUGAAGAUUUUUCAGGCUUCAGGAAAAAAGAUGGGCUCUUACUUUGGCUCCUCCUUAUGUGCAGUUGAUCUGAACUCUGACGGGUUGUCAGACCUGCUGGUCGGAGCACCUAUGUUUUCUGAGAUCAGAGAUGAAGGUCAAGUCACAGUCUAUAUCAACAGAGGAAACGGAGUGCUGGAAGAGCAGCUCGUCCUGGAUGGUGACAGCGCCUACAAUGCACACUUUGGGGAGAGCAUGGCUGCGCUGGGUGACAUUGAUGAUGAUGGAUUCCCAGAUGUUGCCAUUGGAGCGCCUAAGGAGGAUAACUACAGAGGAGCAGUAUACAUUUACCAUGGGGAUGCCAAUGGUAUUGUACCUCAGUACUCUAUGAAGCUGUCCGGGCAAACAAUAAACCCCAUGCUGAGGAUGUUCGGCCAGUCCAUAUCAGGGGGAGUGGAUAUGGAUAGCAAUGGUUAUCCAGAUAUGACUGUUGGAGCCUUCUUGUCAGACAACGUGGUACUUCUGAGAUCCAGGCCUGUCAUUACCAUGGAUAUCUCCAUUUUCCUGCCUGGGUCCAUCAAUAUCACAGCUCCUCAGUGCCAUGAUGGCUUGCAGCCAGUGAACUGCCUCAAUGUCACGACAUGCUUCCGCUUCAGUGGCAAGCGUGUUCCUGGAGAAAUAGGUUUGAAUUAUAACUUGACUGCUGAUGUGGCAAAGAAGGAAAAGAGCCAGCAACCUAGAGUUUAUUUUGUGACUUCUGGAGAGACGAUGGGGCAGAUCACAGAGAAGUUAGAACUGACAUACAUGCAGGAAAAGUGUGAGCAUUACCUGGCAUAUGUCAAGAAAAGAGUCAAAGACGUUAUAUCUCCAAUUGUAUUUGAAGCUGCAUACAGCCUUGGGGAACAUGUAAUAGAAAGAGGAAAAGAGGACAAGGAUCUGCCUGCUCUCAAGCCCAUUCUCCGCUGGAAGAAAGGACAAAAGAUAGCACAAAGGAACCAGACUGUUUUCGAGAGGAAUUGUCAGUCUGAUGACUGUGCUGCUGAUUUGAAACUUCAGGGUAAAUUAUUGCUCUCUAGCAUUGAUGACAGAACUGCCUACCUGGCCCUGGGAGCGGUGAGGAACAUCUCACUUAACAUUUCCAUCUCUAACAUUGGGGAUGAUGCCUACGACACCAAUGUUUUCUUCAAUUUUUCUGGAGAGCUCUUCUUCAUCAAAAUGUGGCAAAAGGAGGAGCUGGGCAUUGCCUGUGAGUUGCUGGAGUCAGAUUUCCUCAAGUGCAGCGUGGGAUUUCCUUUCAUGAGAUCGAAAUCUAGGUAUGACUUCAGUGUGAUCUUUGAUACGAGCCACUUGUCUGGGCAGGAAGAAACGCUUACCUUCCUUGUCACUGCACAAAGUGGAAACCUAGAACGUACUGAAUCUCUGCAUGAUAAUACCCUAACCCUGUCGGUGCCCCUGAUGCAUGAAGUGGACUCAUCUAUCAAUGGAGAAGUCUUCCCUACUUCAUUUUUCUAUGGUGAUUCUGUGGAAGCAUCCAACUUUGUUCAGUUGGAAAACCACGAAUGUCAUUUCCAGUCUCUCAACUUCACACUGCAGGUUUACAAUGCUGGGCCAAGCACUCUCCCUGGAGCUUUUCUUGACAUUUCAUUUCCAAACCGCCUCUCUGCCACUGGAGCCGAAAUAUUUCAUGUUCAACAGAUGAUGGUUGGUCAGGACAAAGGAAGCUGUUCUUUUCGCAGAAACCCCAGCCCAUGCAUUGUUCCUCAAGAGAAGGAAAAUAUUUUCCACACGAUAUUUGCUUUUUUCACAAAGUCUGGCAGAAAAGUACUGGACUGUGAAAGACCAGGCAGGUCCUGCUUAAUUAUACGCUGCAACUUAAGCUCACUAGCCAAAGCAGAGUCCUGUGAUAUAAGUAUCUACACACUGCUGAAUACAGAGAUACUGAAGAAGGACAGUUCAUCAGUCAUUCAGUUCGUCACAAGGGCAAGGGUGCGGGUGGACCCUGACCUCAGAGUUGUGGAGAUACCCAAUGGGAGCCCAGAAGAAAAACCAGUGGUCUUUGAGGCUUUGCACAAUCUGGAGCCUCGUGGGUAUGUUGUCGGAUGGAUCAUUGCCAUCAGUUUGCUGGUGGGAAUUCUCAUCUUCCUGUUGCUGGCCGUGCUUUUAUGGAAGAUGGGCUUCUUCCGCCGGAGGUACAAAGAAAUUAUUGAGGCCGAAAAGAGCAGGAAGGAGAAUGAAGAUAGUUGGGACUGGGUUCAGAAAAAUCAGUGAACUGCCCAUGAAAACUAAAGCCCAGUCAUGUGACACGUGCUUGCUAGCCUAUAGGUCCUGCUCUCGUAUCUUCCAUAUGUGGAAGAAGGAAUCUUCUCCAGAUUUUUCGGAGACCCCGUUGAUGCUGUGUCUUUAUCACUCCAACAAGCUAGGGAACAUAAUCCUGAGGCAACCACUGCAGCCAUGUCAGGUGACUGGAGCGAUUUACACUUCAUUUAAGAGCUGAACUUUGAACUUUGGUAACCAAGCUGCAGUGCAGAGCAAUAUUUAUGAAUCCAACUAUGUGGUAUACCCUCAGGGGAAGACUGUUACCUAAAAAUAUUUUUUAUAAAUAUAGGCUUUUUAUAAUGAUUAUGUCUUUAUAUUUGUAUCAAUGUUUUAUAGUUUCUAUUGAAUAGCUAUAUAGUUCACUCAAGCACUGAUAUCUGGCUAAACCCUUGGAAAUACAUAUAUGUAUAUACAAAUUGUAUUGUACUUUUAAACUUCAAUGCAAGAGAGAAGAGAGAGAUUUGCAGAUGAAAGUAGCUGAAAUCCUCAUAUGCUUAAUUCACAAGGCUUGGUAAUGUUGUGUGUAGACCAUUUAAUGGCAAUAAGCCAAAGUUUUUUCACUAUCUCUUUUUUUUUUUUUUUAGUUGAAUUUGGUGUUUUAUUAACUGAAGAACCUAAUGUAUUACACAGAUGUGAUGUUCUGUAUCUGAGUCUGUCCUUUACUGGCCUGAAUGGGAGAGGAUGAAAAUGUUCCCUCAUUGACGUGUAGCAAGACUUGUAGCUUGCUAUGGCUCACUGAAGAAAGCAUCACGGAAUGUCUUCCUUUGGGAAGUUUUCUCUUGCAGUCUUUAGUACUUUGAUAAUGGUCUCGGACUGUACAAUUGAGAUACCAGAAGGAUGUAACUGGGCCAACCACAGUGGCAUUGACAAAUUCCUUGGAAUUAAAAAUAAUAAUAAUAAUGAAGCCAUAUUAAUAUUAAUGUUAAGGAUAGUUUUUAAGCUACUGUUUAUGGUUAUGAUCCGUUGCUGUCAGAGCAAGUGAUUUAAUGCUACAAGUUAUGAACAUUAUGCCUGCCUUGUGGGUUUUAUACAUGAGUCAUGAGUUUCUUUAUGUGAUAAUUUUAAGAGAUAUAAGUAGAUACAAGGGUUAAAAUGUUUGGAUUUUGAGAUUCCUGGCUUGAGUGUUCAAAGUACUGAAUGUCAUCCUUCCUCAAGCAUUAAAAAGGAAGUUUAGUCAAGGUGCAGAUGUUACUUGAUUUCAGAUUGACACUUUAUUUGCUGGUAAUUCCUUAGCAAAUCAUUUGCUGAAUUACAGCAAAUCUAGUUGCAAUGGAUUCAACCAUGUUCCUUCAAAAAGCUUGUGGAUUUCUAAAUAGAAAUAGUGGAAUUCUGUAAGACUUGGGUUUAGAUUCUACUUGUACUUUGCACCUUGUGUAAAUAAAAAGUAAAUGUUGGUAUAAAAUCCAUGUAAGGGAAAGAAGGGUUGAGCUCUGUGGUAGAAGGUGAAGGAGAAACAGGAAUGAUGGUUGCAGGAUUUCUCUUUCCGUGAGAGUAAGGUAAAAGAACUGCUGGAAGUUUGGAAACUUGAAUACAGGGACCAUACAACAAAUCUGCUUGAGAACAGGUCUUAUUGUUGCUCUUCCUUGCCAAAUUCAUUAUUGCUUUAAAUUUAAAGAAAUUAACUACAUCCAUAUUGCUGUUUGCCUUUUUCCUUCACUGGCAGUAAGUGCCUGCUAUUACAAUAGUACCAAUCAAUAUUUAUUAACUUAACUACCUGCACCCAUUAGGCAGAAGAUGGUUUUUAAGUGAAUGAAGUGCAUUGAUUCAACAUUUGACAAGAAAAGCUAUUAGUCUAUUCAGUUAUUUUUCUUAAAACAAUCAUUGGUGAUCUGGCAUAUUUCAUAUAACAAAUGAUCACUUAAGCCAGAAUCUGAAAAGAAACCUGCUGAGUUGAAAUCCUGUUGUAACCACAUAUAGUGGACUGCAGAUUUUUUAUCAGAGUGCAAAAACAAAAGGCUGAUGGCCUUUGACUGCACUGUUGUAUUCGAGGCCAUUGAAUUCUUCGCAGUAUGAUAUUUGGCUUCAGUUAGUUUUGCUAGUAUUUCAACCUAACGUAUCUAUUUUUUCUGUUGCUGAGAAAUACCUAAGACAAAUCGAAUUUGAACAUGAGAUUGAUUCACAACUGUGAAUUGAGUAAGACAUUUCUUAAAGUAUUUGCUGAAAAAGAAGUCCAUUUAUUCAGCUGUAAGACAUUUCAGUACCUGCCCUUUCUAAAACUGACCCCCCUCAAAAUGAUAAAGAAAUAAAUUUGCUUCAGGGAACAAGUGAAAUUUGUGAAUUCAACUAAAUUGGAAAGUCUCCAUCCAAAAAAAGGAGGAAGUUCCCUUAGAAAGCAUUGCUUUCAGAUCUGCUAAAAGUGUUUGAUGGCAGUAUUUUAAAACUCAAGAUUAGUUAUUCCUUUGAAACAUCUUUUU